AUGGUUUGUCACUUCCUCUACGUGCAUCUUAACCUCUUUGUCUUCUCUUCAAUUUUGAUUUCUCAGGGUUUGGCGUUAACUCAUCCAACUGAAGUGUCAGCUCUCCAGGAUCUAUACAAUGCCUUGAACUAUCCACCUAUGCUCAAAGGAUGGAAUGGUAGCGAUCCUUGUGGGGAGUCCUGGACAGGAGUUGCUUGUUCUGGGCCAUCAGUUAUACAAUUAAAACUUCAAGGAUUAAACCUCACUGGGUAUCUUGGAAGCCUCUUGUAUAAUCUACGUAAUUUGAAGCAACUUGAUAUCAGUUCGAAUAACAUAGUGGGUGAAAUGCCUUUCGGUUUACCCCCCAAUGUCACACAUAUGAAUUUAAGCCACAAUUUACUACAUGGACCCAUUGGUGAUGUAUUUACUGGUUUAGAUCAUCUCAAAGAAAUGGACCUUUCAUAUAAUAAUUUCUCUGGAGAUCUACCUAGUUCAUUUGGUUCCUUAAGAAACCUUGCUAAAUUGUUCCUGCAAAAUAACAGAUUCACUGGAUCAGUCGCUUACUUGGCUGAACUUCCACUAACAGAUUUGAAUAUUCAAGAUAAUAUGUUUAGCGGCAUUCUUCCACAGCAUUUUCAAUCCAUACUGAAUUUAUGGAUUGGAGAGAAUAAAUUCCAUGUGUCAGACAACUCUCCUCCCUGGACUUUUCCUCUGGAAACUGUAUCAGUUGAGCAUAACACUAGUAGCCCACCCACAACUCGGGCAAAUGCCAUAAAGAAUUAUUCUCCUCCCAGAGUAAGUGAGGCUCUUCCCAUGGAGAAACGUGUAAGUCCUGGAGGAAUAGCAUUUAUGGUUGGUUCAGGAACACUAAUGGUAACAGGGUUAGCACUCUUUGUUGCAAUCCGUUUGAAUAAACUUCGUGUACAGAAAUCGAACUCGAAGAGCACAGAAAGCAACCAAGGCUCAUUGCAUUCUCAUCCGUCCAGUGCAACCAUAGGAGUCUCUUCUACCGCACUAGAGGAGAGCCCUCAACACCCCACCUUUAAUUAUGCAUCCCUCGUGGGCCCUCCUGUGGGAUUGCCUUCCCUGAACCAUAACAAUACAGAGGAACCAUCAAGAAGAAGUUUUUUCAAAAGAGCCAGAUCCAGUGGAAGGACGAAAAUUUACACAGUAGCGGAGCUUCAGUUGGCUACUAAUUGCUUCAAUGAAGCCAACAUUCUGGGAGAAGGAUCUCUUGGUCCUGUUUAUAGAGCUAAAUUUCCCGAUGACAAAAUUUUGGCCGUCAAGAAGAUAAACAUGGCGGGCCUGUCGUUCAGAGAAGAGGAGAAGUUCAUGGAUGUCAUUUGCACAGUUUCCCGACUGAACCAUCCCAACAUCGUAGCACUCAGUGGUUACUGUUUGGAGCAAGGAAAGCAUCUUCUUGUUUACAAUUACGUUGGAAAUUUCACUCUAAACGAUGCUCUUCACGAUGAGGCGUACAAACCUCUGUCAUGGCUCCACCGUCUCCGGAUUGCUCUCGGGGUUGCUCAAGCCCUAGACUAUUUGCACUCAGUGUUGUGUCCUCCUGUGGCUCACGGCAACUUGAAGGCUGCCAAUGUCCUACUGGAUGAAAAUUUGAUGCCUCGUGUUUGUGACUGUAGCUUGGCUAUUUUGAGACCACUGACUAUCAAUCAAGUCGAAAUUCCGGCUAAUGAGUUCAACAUUGGAGAGAUAGGGUACGUUGCCCCAGAUCAUGGGCAACCAGGAAGCAGCAGCAGAAAGAGAGACGUUUUUGCCUUUGGGGUACUGCUUCUGGAAUUGUUAACAGGAAGGAAACCUUAUGACGGAGCGAGGCCAAGGGAGGAGCAAUAUCUGGUGAAAUGGGCUCCACCGAUGCUUCCUUAUAGAGCGAGUUUGGAACAGGUGGUAGAUCCCCGCAUGAAGAGAACAUUUUCACCGAAGGCUCUUUCUCGUUAUGCUGAUAUCAUCACCCUCUGUAUACAGCCUGUAAGGCAACUCCGUCCUCCAAUGUCCGAAAUUGUGAAGUCUCUUGAAUCUCUAUACCAAAAGUUCAACAUUGACAAGAGCGAUGUAGCAGAUGGUACCGAACUGGAUCCGUUUGAGAAGUCUUUCCAUUCGGCCAACAUAUGCUUUAUGGGUUCUCCCGCCGCAGUAAGCCAUGCAUCAACAUCAAUCUAA